GUUUCACUUUAUGUACUAUUCUUAACUCUCAUUACAGACUAGAAACUUAUAAAUGAAACAAUUAGCAACUCAAGUUAAUCACAGACACAAAAUAUAGCUGAAAUCAGGUUGUCUUGAUCUCAAAACACAUUAAUCUUCUUGUUGCUACUUCAGGUAAAUUUGUGUGCAUUUGGUGCUUGUGGAUAGUAGAUUAUGGAGGAACUUUCGGGACAAUUGUUGAAAGUGGUGGUUGUGCGAGGAAAAAGAUUGGUGAUUCGUGACUUUAAAUCCAGUGAUCCUUAUGUUGUUCUUAAGCUGGGAAAUCAGACAGUAAAAACCAAGGUCAUCAACAGCUGUCUAAAUCCUGUGUGGAAUGAGGAACUGACGCUUAAGCUCACAGAACCUGCUGGAGUUCUAAACUUGGAAGUAUAUGACAAAGAUCGUUUCAAGGCUGAUGACAAGAUGGGGCAUGCUCAUGUUAGCCUCCAACCAUUUGUGAGUGCUGCUCGACUGAGGCAGAUACUAGGGGUUUCUACCGAAGGGGAGACUCUGAGAAAGGUCAUCCCAGACGGUGACAAUUGUCUAGCAGCUGAAAGCUGCAUAAAUUUUAAAGAUGGCGAGGUUGUGCAGGAUGUUUGGCUGAGGCUCUCUGGAGUCGAGUCUGGAGAGAUCGAGCUGAAGAUCAAGUGUAAAAAUCUUCAUGUUCGAGCAUAGAUUUAGAGGGAUAUCAAUGCUAAUGAAUCAAGGAAAUGUUAGAGUGUUCUACUUUUGACUUGCCGAGGUAGGAGUUAGAAUGUAAUAUAUGUAAUGCAAACUUGCAACCUGUGAUAAUUUGUUACAUCAAUAACAUUCCCAUGCUUAUGAAUUA